UACAGAUUAGAGCUUCAUUUGUGAACAUGAUUAAAGAUGAUGGGACAGUUAUUCAUUUCAACAAUCCCAAAGUCCAAGCUUCUCUUUCUGCUAACACCUUUGCAAUUACUGGUCAUGCAGAAGCCAAACCGAUCACAGAAAUGCUUCCUGGAAUAUUAAGUCAGCUUGGUGCUGACAGCUUAACAAGCCUUAGGAAGUUAGCUGAACAGUUUCCACGGCAAGUCUUAGACAGUAAAGCACCGAAACCAGAAGACAUUGAUGAGGAGGAUGAUGAUGUUCCAGAUCUUGUAGAAAAUUUUGAUGAGGCAUCAAAGAAUGAAGCUAACUAAAAUUUUGGUUUUUGGAAGCUGGCAUGGACUAGAUUUAACAAAUCAGCUAUGUGGUUCCAAAGUUUUACAGACGUGGAGAACAUCACCUGUUACUAGUUACUAGUUCAGUAAUAUAAAUAUUUUGUAUAUUAAUAAUGCUGUUUGUUCAGCAUUUUUUGGUCAUUUGAUUUUGCAUUUUGCACUUCCUCCCAGGAUAUUUUUUUUGGUCAAAAUAUGAAGUAUUGGUGCAGUUUGAGGGUGUUUUGGUUUUUCAUUCCUGGUUUUUUUGUUUCUUUGUUUGGGGUAUUUUUGGUGUAUGUAUGUUUAUGUAUGUGUGUGGGUAUGUGUGUAUACAGUGGAGAGCAAAUUGGAAAACAGUUCUAUUUAUCCUACUCCCUCCCCAGCAGAAAUAAAAAAAAUCUUUACAUUUGUUACUUUUCUUUUUCUCCCAUAAGACACAGAAUUAAUGGAAAAUGAGUAUCCUGGAUUUGAGAUCUGAAGAGAUUUUUACCAUUACUGGUUUGAUUUUAAUUUGCUUGGUUAGCUAUCAUAUUUUUCAUACACUUCUCUGGGUUUAAAAUGUCUUGAGGUAUUUUGCCACUGGCUUCAUGCUAGAGUAAUGGGUAACAUAUCUUUGGUAUGGUUGCCUUAGAUUCACUUACCUAGUCAGGCCUAGAAUAACUUCUUUUACUAGCUUGCUUCCUGAAUGCCUUUUUUUCCGUCUCCUUUUGGUCUCCAAAUGGCCUGUUCAGUAUUUGGUAGUAUUCUUACUCAUCUUCCACCUAGCUUGAGAAGGAUGUUCUCCAUAUAGAGUUAAGCGAAUGCCUAAUCACUCCUUUUGUAAAAUUUUGUUCCCUCAUCUUGAGGAACAACAGCUUCAUCUUUAACUCUUUAUUUCUCCCUGAUUUUACAGUUUGGUA